AUGUCGGACGCAUACCCUACCAACCUACCUUCCGCUGCGAUGAUCUCGCCGCCAGUCCCAGGGGGCAGCAAUGCAGUCGCUCCAGCCAUCUCGUCAGCUGCACCAGCUACCGACUUGCCAUCUGCCGCAAUGAUAUCGCCGCCAACCCCAGCGGCGGCCACCAAUGUGGUCGAUGCGCCCCUCUCGACCAUGACCUUCACGUCCACUACAACGGCCUUCGUCACCGCGCCAGACGGCUAUCUGGGAAAACGAGAGGCUAAGCGUUCCUCUAAACGUGAUGAUGAUAUCGAGGAUUCUUCGGCGUCCGGGAGGGCUUCCAAGGCGGCGAUGGGUCUGCUUGUGAUGGUUGGGGUGGGCUGGGUUGCUGCUGUUGGGAUGGCGGGUUGA